AUGCUCGGACAAGCUGACCGGCUUACGUCUCUGCUGGCUGCGAACCGUGACUUGUGCGAAGCCUUUCCUUUGGCUAAGUUGCGUCCCCUUGCCUUCCGUUGUCUACUUUGCUUCGCCGUCGCCGUCGCCGUCGCCGUCGUGUCGGCGUCAGUGACUGAAUUGGGCAAAUGGUCGUGUUCGGUCGCGUCGAGGCGACCAGUCCCUUCGGUUGCCUACGACGGCCGGUCUCGCGAUUCGACCGAGGCCGGUGGCAGGCCACACUGA